AUGGGAUAUUAUCAAAUAUUUUGGAGGCUAAACUGGCAAUUGCUGUAUUGUGUCUUCUUCGAAUGGGCUGCGGCUUCUGGACAGAUUCGUUAUUCGAUCUCUGAAGAACUACAAGUGGGCGCCUUUGUUGGAAAUAUCGCAGACGAUCUGGGUCUACGUGCAAGGGAGCUCUCAGCUCGCAAUUUUCAGAUCGUACCUGGUUCCCGGAAACAGUAUUUGGAGGUAAAUUUAGACAAUGGGAUUAUGUCUGUUAAAGAGAAAAUCGACAGGGAGCAGUUAUGUGGAACGAGCCUCGCGUGCACGUUGUCUUUGGAGGCUGUAGUCGAAAAUCCAUUGACUGUGUAUCACAUCGAAGUGUCGGUUCUUGAUAUAAACGACAAUUCUCCCAGUUUCCCAAAUAACCAACUUCACCUUAAAAUCUCCGAGCUUGCUGCACCGGGAGCGCAGUUUCCCCUGGAGUGUGCACACGAUCCGGAUGUCGGAACCAAUUCCCUGCAAACCUACCAGCUAACUGCUAACGAGUAUUUCGUGUUAAAUAUUGACUCGCACGGUGGAACCGGUAAGUUGCCAAUAUUAGUGUUGGAACGGCCUUUGGAUCGGGAAAAGCAAGCGACACAUAAAUUGGGAUUGCUUGCCAAAGACGGCGGUAUUCCUGCUCAGACUGGCGGUGCUGAUAUAAUUAUUGCAGUGCAGGACGAAAACGACAACGCGCCCGUCUUCCCAAAUUCCGUUUACAGAAUUAAUCUGCCAGAAAAUGUACCCAAAGGGACACUAGUUAUCAGAUUAAAUGCCACUGAUCUAGAUAUUGGCUCUAAUGGAGACAUAUCAUACUCAUUCAGUAGUCAGAAUACAGCUAAAAUCCGUAAAUUGUUUUCUGUGGACUCCAGAGCAGGGGAUAUCAGAGUGAAAGGCAAUCUGGACUAUGAGGAAUACAGUACAUUUGAAAUCAACGUGCAGGCACUGGACCAGGGUACUAAUGCAAAUGCUGGAUACUGUCACCUUGUGGUUAAUAUUAUCGAUGUCAACGAUAACGCCCCUGAGGUAAAGUUAACCACUUUAUUCAGCCCCGUUCGUGAAGAUUCACCACCUGGGACUGUGGUUGCUCUGAUUGGUGUGUCCGACCAAGACUCGGGUGCAGAUGGGCAGAUAGAGUGUGAAAUUACAGACGGAUUACCCUUUAUACUGGAUUCGUCCUUGAGGAAUUAUUACAGAUUACUUACUGAGAAUUUGCUGGAUAGAGAAAAUACUUCCAGUUAUGACGUUUCUGUCAUGUGCAGUGACUUGGGCUCUCCUCCUCUCGCAUCCAGAAAAACAAUUACAGUGGAAGUUUCGGAUAUAAAUGACAACGCGCCACACUUUACGCAGUCAUCCUAUACAGUUUACGUGAUGGAGAACAACGUCAUAGGGGCGUCAAUCAUCACAGUGACAGCGGUUGACCCAGACAUGAGCCAGAACUCCCAGGUAUUUUACUCAAUUCUGGAGAAGCAAUCUCUGAGUGAGCCUUUGUCCACUUACGUCAGUGUCAACUCCAAGAACGGGGUUAUAUUCGCUCAAAGGGCUUUUGAUUACGAGUAUCUCAAAAGCUUUCAGAUCAAAGUCCAGGCCAGGGAUUCUGGAGACCCGCCACAUAUUGCCACCGCUUCGGUGGAUGUAAUUAUCCUUGACCAGAAUGACAACGCCCCGGUGAUUGUGCACCCGGCCACAGAACACGGCUCAACGGCAUUUGAAACAGUAUCCCGCUUCGCAGAGCCAGGCUACCUGGUGACAAAGCUUACAGCAACUGAUUCUGACUCGGGCCAGAAUGCACGUCUCUCUUACCGGAUUCUACAGUCCACUGACCCAGGACUUUUCACCAUCUCACCCGAUACGGGAGAAAUAUGGACAAUUCGCAAAUUUACGAGGAAAGACGCAAACAAGCAAAGGCUGAUUGCUGUGGUAAAUGAUAACGGGACGCCGUCACUUUCUGCAACAAUGACUCUUAUCUUGUCGGUGGUGGAAGACGAUAUGGAAAUUCUCUCGCGUGUGGAAGAUUCAUCUGAAGAUGCUGGAUUGACCAGUGACAUAACAUUCUACUUAAUUAUAGCUUUAGGGAUAAUCUCAUCCACUUUCUUUGUUAUUUUAAUUGGUCUUGUCAUUACAGUGUACAGAAACAGAACUGGGUUUGGCGGUUAUGCAUGUUCCCUGGAUACAUGCUGUUGUUUUCCAACGAGGACCUCGUUCAAGGGCUUCCAAAAGAGUAGGAGAACUCUUCAGAUACCACCGAAUUACGUUGAAGUAUUUGGGGGUGAUCCUCUUUCUCAAAGUUUCCGUUAUGGCACCUGUUCCACUUCCAAUUCGACAAAGGGAGAGUUGUCGUACUCCAGCGGGUACCGAGGUGAAGCCAGGAGUGCAAUUGCGUGCAGUAACGAACAGUCUCAAUCAUUAUAUUCUAACCAUUGUAGCAACGUUCAAAAGGUGAGAUGA